AUGUAAACAUAGUGAUUUAAUCUUAGGCUUUAAGAGUAUCAGUUAAUAUAGAAUUUCUAAGAGUAGGUAUAAAGAAUUUAAAAAAAAUAUCCACUGAUUAUAAAUGUUGAUUAGUUUCAAAAGGACCUUAUAGCAUUGUUCUCUAUUUAAAGUUAAGAAACCUUGAAAUAAUAACUAGUAAGUCUUUUUCAUUAACAUCAAUUGCCAAUUCAAUCCCUUGAUUAUAAUUAAUUAUCUAGAAAAGAAAAUUAAAUAAUUAUAAAAAGCAACACAGCGCAAAUUAAAAUAACUCUGAAUGGAAGGUUCAUUUACAAUCAAUUUCAGACUGGAAUAUCUUAUUAAGUCUUUUAGAAUAAAUGUAUGUAUCACGGGCAAGUUCACAAUAAGAAACCAAACGGCGAGGGAUGUUUUAAAUGGGAGAAUGGAGAACAGUAUAUAGGUUAAUGGUCGAAUGCUUAGAAGCAUGGCUUUGGUUAAUGGAUAGGAACGCAAGAUGAUUAUUAUAUUGGUUAAUGGGUGAAUGGACAGUAAGAUGGAUUAGGAGAACACAAAUGGAAUGGGGAUAUUUAUCUUGGUCAAUGGAAAAAUUCAGUUAAGAAUGGUUAUGGAGUGGAACAAUUUCAAAAUGGUGAUAAGUAUAUAGGAAAUUAUUAUUUUGGUAAACCACAGGGACAAGGUGAAUAUAGAUGGGUUGAUGGAUCCAUCUAUUCAGGAUAGUUUUAGGAGGGUAUGAGACAUGGAUAUGGAAAGCAUAUUAAUAAGAAUGGCAUCAUUUACGAAGUAAUAUAUGAUAUCUAAUUAGGGAGAAUAUUAAAAAGAUUUAAAGCAUGGUAUUGGCAAAUUAAUAUAAAUUGAUGGAAGUUCUUAUUAAGGCUCAUUUGUCCAUGACCAUCGAGAUCUACCGGAAGUUGUAUAUUAAAAGAGCGAUAAAAUUGCUCAGGUUGCUUAUUAAAUAAAUUAAUCUUCUAUUAAUUAUCCUCUUACUUUAGAGAAACCAAAGCAAAAAUUAACCUAAAGAGACAACAAAACUAUAGCUUUAUAAAAUUAGCAAAUUCAAUUAAAUUAAACUUAUUUAAAUACUUACCAAGACCCUAAUAUAUAGUUCUUUCAUAAUAAGUUACAAAACUUAUAACUACCUGAAAUUUAAAAAAUGAAGAAAGGCAAAAUUGAUAAUAAAUCCGCACGAACAACACACUCUAUGAAUUAGAAAAGGACAUCGUAAUUGAAAGAACUUAAAUAAAAUUAAAAGUCUGCUUCAAUUGAUCUUUAAGAUAUAUAUAUUGGAGAUGCAUAUAGAACUAUCAAAAAGAAACAAACGAAUUACAAGGAUAAAAACUAUUAGGACUUAAUAAAUAAUAAUAAGAAGUCUAUUAAGAAUGUAUUUGUAUAUUGA